AACUCAAGCAAUCCCAUUACUGAAAAAAUGAGGACUUGUGCCUUGAUUUUCCUCACCUUGGCUUCCUUGCUAGGAGCCUUUGCAGAGCAAUGUGGGAAGCAGGCUAAUGGAGCCUUAUGCCCUGGAGGCCUUUGCUGCAGUAAGUAUGGUUGGCGUGGCAGCAACGCCGUCUACUGCGGUAAAGGUUGUCAGAGCCAAUGUCUCACGCCACCUCCAACUAUUCCAACUCCUCUACCCUCUCUAGGCAGUGGUGAGGACCUUAGCUCCCUCAUCCCUCAGUCUCUCUUUGAAGAGAUGCUUCUGCACCGAAACGAUGCGGCAUGUCCAGCCAAUGGCUUCUAUACUUACGACGCUUUCAUAUCUGCGGCAAGUGCCUUCCCUGACUUUGGGGCGGUUGGUGAUACGGAGAUACAAAAAAGGGAGAUUGCGGCUUUCUUAACACAAACCUCCCAUGAAACAACUGGGGGAUGGGCUACUGCACCUGAUGGGCCAUAUGCUUGGGGAUAUUGCUUUAAUAGGGAAAUUGGCGAACCUAGUGGUUACUGUGUCGAAAAUGUUCAAUGGCCUUGCGUUUCUGGUCAGAGUUACUAUGGUCGAGGACCUAUCCAAAUUUCAUACAACUACAACUAUGGACCGGCUGGAGACGCCCUUGGCUAUGACCUCCUCAGCAACCCGGAUCUGGUUGCCACUGACCCAGUCAUUUCAUUCCAAACUGCCUUCUGGUUUUGGAUGACCCCACAAGCCCCAAAACCGUCAUGCCACGACGUUAUCACCGGCGGAUGGACACCUUCAGCUUCCGACACAGCUGCUGGUCGGGUCCCAGGAUUAGGCGUCAUCACCAACAUCAUCAAUGGAGGACUCGAAUGCGGCCAUGGCACUGACAGUAGGGUGGAAGACCGAAUUGGGUUCUACAAGCGGUACUGUGACUUAUUAGGAGUGAGCUAUGGCGAGAACCUCGACUGCAACAACCAAAGCCCGUUCGGCGUUACAAUGGAGUACUAUAGCUCAAUGAAAUGAACUACUAUAUCUGAUUAGGAUGUGCAUCUAAUGCAAUAAAUCUCUAUAUGUAACCUAUGAGAUUCCUCUUAGCAUGAAUAAAACCAUCCUAUCUAUGAACCUUCGGCAA